AUGUGCUUGCAGGCAGGACAGAAGAAGCUUGAGGAGAAGCACAGUGAACAGGAAAUCCAGGAAGCAACAAGGAAGCACAAACAAGCAGAUGAUUCUGCUGCAUGUCAAAUUGUGCAGAGGCUUGAGAAUGUAGAUGAGGAGGCUGAUGAGGUGCCAGUGAGGGAUGCAUAUGACCCUACAAAAUUCUUGGAGAUCCCUUCAGUAACAGAGGUGAAAAGCUGUUACCAACAGUUCUAUAAUGCAACAUCAAAUGCUGCACUGGUCAGCAGUAUAUGCAGUGUUUGUGCACAGGAGGUGGGAGUCUUGGAUGACUCAGAGAGGAUGUCCAAGCUUCACUUCAAUGACAUCCCCAAUCUAUGCCGACUUAGUCCUUCAACUCCCCAUCCUGCCCACAAUCUCUAUAACGGACAACUCCUGGAGCCUGCUGGUGUCAUCACACAAGGCAACGAUACCUUGGUCAACAUCUGUCAUUCAUGUUUACAAGAUCUCAAAAUGCCAUGGCAGCUUCAGGUUCUCACAUUUCCAGAACAGCUUCUGAUUGUGCUACUGUAUCCCCAGGUCUUCAUGUUCAAACUCUUUCCAAAGAAGAUUGGUGGUGUUCGUGAUGCAUCCACUCUUCAAUGUGGAAUGUGUGGAAAUGUCAGCACCUAUGAUAUGCUGCAGGAAGGAGUUGUGUUUGAAGCACUGCAAUGGUUGAAGAAGAAUAACACCAAGUACUACAGAGAUGUUGAGAUCAGUAGUGCAUGGAUCAGUGAACUUCCUGAAAACAAUGUACCACAGGAAAUCAUUGAAAUUGUGUCUCAAUCAACAGACAUUGGAGUGGUAGAUGAGGAGAGUGCUGGAUAUGUUCCAAAUGAUGAAGGUGACUCAGAACAACCACCAGCACCUAGGGCUGAAUCAUGCAGCGAUGGAGCUGGAUCAAAGGAAACAGACACAACUACAGAACCUAGGAAUGAACCAUUAUGUAGCACUGAGGCAAAUUCAACAGAAAUGGAAGAACCUGAUGUCAUUCCAUUGCAGGUGUCUGGUGCAAUUGAUACUGACAUGUCAAAAUUGACAGCUACAGAGCUGAUGUCAUGGGGCCUCUCAAACCUGUGGAAUGAAGGAAAAGAGGGAGGUGAUUUCCCUCCAGAUAAGAAGCACAGUGCAGAAGCAGAAGAAAACCACAAUUUCUUCGAAAAGGCAUUUCCCUGCUUGUUUCCAUAUGGAGAGGGAGGAAUCAAAGCAGCGAGGCUUGUAAAGGUCGACUUUGGAGAGCACAUCAGAUGGGCAUUGCACUACCAUGACUGGCAAUUUAGAAGACAUGACACCUUCCCUUUCAUGUCAUUUGGAAUCUUGCAACAGUGGCAAGCUCUUGGCUCCGCAUAUCUGCAGAUGUGCCAUCAAACAUUCGACCUUGAUGCAAAGAUCUUAUCCACUAUUACUCUGGAGAAACUCAAGAGUGCAUAG